CAAAAAAUCUGAGCCUAGCAGCUUUAUAGCAAUGUGGAGGCGCGUGGCUUCACUCUCUCCUCUGAUUUCCCUCUCAAAACCCUCCAUUCAUAACCAGGCAGCUUCCACAUUCAAGAUUUGGGAAUCAUUUACCUCACAAUCCGAUAUAGUAACUCCGUCAAAAGCUGCUCCCUUCAUAACGUUUGUAUUGGGUGGGCCGGGUAGUGGGAAAGGCACUCAAUGUGCUAAGAUAGUUGAGGCAUUUGGGUUCACUCAUGUCAGUGCUGGUGAUCUGCUGAGGAGGGAGAUUGCUUCGAAUAGCUCAUAUGGCUCUGUGAUUCUUUCGACAAUUAGAGAAGGAAAAAUUGUUCCGUCCCAAGUGACGGUUCAGCUCAUUCUAAAGGAGAUGGAAGCGAGUGAUAAUUGUAAGUUUCUCAUUGAUGGGUUCCCUCGGAGUGAGGAGAACCGCAAGGCAUUUGAGAAAGUUAUUGGAGCAGAACCAGAUGUUGUGCUUUUCUUUGACUGUCCUGAACAAGAGAUGGUGAAGCGAGUGCUAAAUCGUAAUCAGGGGCGAGUUGAUGAUAACAUUGAAACAAUCAAGAAACGGCUUGAAGUGUUUGAUGAAUUGAAUUGGCCAAUCGUCAAUUACUACACACAGAGGGGAAAACUUCACAGGAUCAAUGCAGUUGGAACAGUAGAUGAAAUAUUUGAAAAAGUUCGCCCAAUUUUUGCUGGACUGAUGCAUGUACGUUUUGAGGCCAAUGAUGCAAAGGCUUCUGUUUUUCUUGCAGCAGGUGAUAUACUGAAUGUUCCAGUACAAGAGAAAGUAGAAGGACUGACUGAGAUAUGGAAAUCUUGA